AAAAUAUAAUUGCACCUUUUGCUGCUACUGUGGUGCGACGCUAGUAACCCCGAGAGCAAUGAAAACAUGCGUUGUUUUUAGUAUUUAGAUGGUAAUGCUUCCGAUAUAUUGGAGAUAAUGACUCCAGGUACUAUAAUUGUAUGUUGGACUAUCGCAGUCAUUUCGAGUUUUAACCCAAUCCAAACAUUAAGCUGCAACAAGGAGUACACCUAUUUCGAAAACUAUAGCCAAAAUGGCUUCAACGUCACCUGCAACGGUAUCACCGCAGGCUACGAACAUGUUCUCGACACCAUCACCGUCUACGGUGAAAUUUCCUUAACUAUAGUAGAUUCUUUCCUGGAAAAUAUCACCCCAAGCAGCUUCAAGAGGAUGAAAAACAUCAAGACAUUGUCCAUAGUAAACUCUCGCCUCCCGUUUGAUCGCGAACUGGAGCUUUUCAGUUGCCUAACACGACUAGAAACCUUGCAGAUCAGAAACACCGAAUUUUAUAUCACCAAUUCUACCUUGAGGCAGCUGAAAACGUUGAAGAAUUUGGAAUUUUCCAACAACAGCAUGGAAACUGUCGAGAGGUCUAGUUUCCGCGAACUUUCCGCUCUUGAGAAGCUAUUCAUAACUGAUAACCGAGUUAGUGACCUCCAAGCGUUAGACUUGUGUCGGUUGAAGGCGUUAAAGGUUUUGAAUGUUCAUGGGAACAAGUUACAAACUGUAGAGGGGCUUGAUUGUAUCCGGGACUCGCUAGCUGUAUUAGAUCUAAGCUCUAAUCUGAUUGCUGGUGUGGACGGCGCGAUCCAAAACCUAACUGCAGUUAAAUACAUCAAUUUGGGAGAUAACAACUUGAGCGACAUAGAAUACAUUUCGUCUCAAACGCUGAGCGAAUUGGAAAGCCUCAUUUUGAAGAACAAUUUCAUCAGUCAGGUUAACGAUCGAGCGACGAGUAACUGGCAAUCGCUGUUAGUGCUAGAUUUGUCGUUCAACGAUCUGAAUCAUUUCGUGGCGAUGAACAAUUCCAACUUGGAAAUUUUAAACUUAGAGCAUAAUGAUUUGCGAAGUUUUCGCUUUGAAUUUUUACCUAGAAUGAAAACUUUAAAUUUGGGGUCAAACAAAUUAUCUACCCUAACCGUAAGUCUGUUAAAUGGAGUGCCAAACUUGGAAGAACUGAUUCUGAAGGACAACUCGGUAAGUCGAUUAUCCGACGAAAUGUUUUUUGGCCUGACCAAAUUGCGAUGGUUGGAUUUAAGCUUAAAUAACCUGACUUCCAUUUCGGACAACUCUUUUCGCGGUUUGGCGAGUUUGGAAGUGCUGAAUAUGUCGUCGAACGCUUUGCUUAGUUUAUCUUAUAUCGUAUUAGAGCCGCUCCGUAAUCUAGACAUUUUGGAUGUUUCUAAUAACAAAAUCACCCACUUUCAGUACGAGGAAAUAAUUAUAAGCAGUCUAUCAGCUUUGUACAUCAAAAAUAACCCGCUGACUUGCGACGUUGUGUCCGAAAUCGUAAAGUAUUUGAAAACGGAAAAUGUUUCCUUCACCGUAAAUGCGAAUCCUGAUUACGGGCGUGAAAAUAUAGAAGGUAUCCCUUGCAGCGGGGCUCAGAUUCCGGAUCAAGCCAGGUUAUCGAAUGUCGGUAUCGGUGUGUUGAUAACUGUUGUUAUUUUUAUUGUGAGCGUAUGUGUCUGUAGGUCCUACGUGCGUAUGAAAAGAAAAAGGUGCAGAUUGGAGGAGAUUGAACUGAUCAACUAGAGUUUUACAUAGCACAUAGCGAACAAUGACAUUUAAACGUGUGAUACACUAUGAUUUACUAAAGUAAAGUAAACAAUUAUUUUCAAAAAAUUAUAAAAUAUGAGGGAGCCAUGUUUGUCGGACAUUCUAAAAAGUUUUUGAAAGAAACUUCUGCAUGCUGUAGGUGCACAUUUUCUGACUUCGUCAGAGCGUUGCCUGAAAAUUUUCAGUUUCUGAAAUGUCAGCGAGAGAGAGUCAACACCGUUCCUUUAUGAAAUACAAUCUUCCCACGUCAAUAAAUAUAAAAAGUUGGCAAUAAAUUUUAAUUACCGUUAUUGUAAUGUUUUAAAAUUUAAAUUUAGGUUUAACAACGGCGAUCCAGUCAAAUCCAAUUAGUUAUUAAGUAACAAAUUCGAAUAUCUUAUUUUCUUAUCCUUCAUAGCUUCCAAUAAGUUUAGUUUGUGUUUGUGAAUAUUAAAAACUCUGAAAUAUUUGUUAAUGCGAUUCUUGGAUGUUCUACAUGUUUGUCCGUAAUAAAUUUUGGUA